UUCACGGUCUAAACUCAGCCUUAGAUGCUGCCUCGACAAACCUCACAACGCCUAAAAAUGCUGCCCCGACAAACUUCAAUGUUCUGUGAAGACAAACUCCGUCGAAGACAAGAAGACGGAAAUACUUACCACCGAAAAACCAGAGAAGAUGGAACACAGAAAAAUAACCCAACCUCAGAGUAAUUUCCAUCACAGAAGACGAAAAAGAAAAGGCAAGCAAGAGCGACAGAACAACAACAGAAGCAGAGUAUGGCAAAGAACCCAAAACCAAAAGUAUGUGUUGUUGACAAGACUCCAAUAAAAACGCAUACUUUUCUUUUCUUUACCCACCAUUGAUCGAAGGGUGAAAAAACAAUAGUAUAGAAGACUUAACAGCGAGUUCAGCUUUCUAACCGAAACAUAAUUGCAGCUUCCUUUGUGAUCAACACCCAAAGUUUUCCAUUUGAACUAGAGUAUCAUCGGUGAGAAUCUUCACGCUCAUGUGGGCUUUCCUCAUAUUUUCUCGAUCUCUUACCCUGUCACCACCACCACCACCACCACUACCACCACCAAUCCUGGCAAACACAGAACGCACUGAGGAAGUAUUGUGAAAGAACAAUACCCAACACCUCCCAAACCUCAGCAAUGGCUUCAGGUAGUAGAAACGUACGCUCACAACACGACAAUCAAGCUCAGUCCUCGAACACAGCGAGCAACAUGAGACCCCACCAUGCGGAGUCUUCCAUCCCCAAAGCCAUUGAACAGUUUACCGUCGAUGCUCGCCUCCACGCAGUCUUUGAACAGUCCGGCGAGUCAGGUAAGUCCUUCGACUACUCCCAGUCCGUUAGAGCAACCACACAGUCCGUUCCUGAGCAACAAAUCACAGCGUACUUGUCCAGAAUCCAAAGGGGUGGCCAUAUCCAACCCUUUGGCUGCAUGAUUGCCGUGGACGAAACCACUUACCGCGUAAUCGCGUACAGCGAGAACGCCCGCGAGUUGCUGGGUCUUUUGCCUCAGUCGGUCCCAAGUCUGGAUAAGCAAGAGAUUUUGGCAGUUGGGACUGACGUGAGGACGCUCUUCAUGCCCUCGAGCUCGGUUUUGCUCGAGAAGGCGUUUGGAGCUAGGGAAAUUACCCUGUUGAACCCGGUUUGGAUUCAUUCCAAGAAUUCAGGGAAGCCCUUUUAUGCGAUUUUGCAUAGGGUAGAUGUAGGUAUUGUGAUUGAUUUGGAGCCUGCGAGGACGGAGGAUCCAGCUUUGUCUAUUGCUGGGGCGGUGCAGUCACAGAAGCUGGCAGUGCGGGCAAUUUCACAGCUGCAGUCGCUGCCCGGUGGGGAUAUCAAGCUCUUGUGUGAUACUGUGGUGAAGAGCGUGAAGGAGCUUACUGGGUAUGAUAGGGUAAUGGUGUAUAAGUUUCAUGAGGAUGAGCAUGGUGAGGUUGUAGCCGAGAGCAAGAGGGCUGAUUUGGAUCCGUAUUUUGGGUUGCAUUAUCCUGCCACGGAUAUUCCUCAGGCUUCAAGGUUUUUAUUUAAGCAGAACAGGGUUAGGAUGAUUGUGGAUUGUCAUGCCACGCCUGUUCAGGUGGUUCAGGAUGAAGGGCUUAUGCAGCCUUUGUGCUUGGUUGGUUCCACACUUCGUGCUCCUCAUGGUUGUCAUGCUCAGUAUAUGGCCAAUAUGGGAUCAAUUGCCUCGUUAGCGAUGGCAGUUAUCAUCAAUGGGAAUGAUGAGGAAGCUGUUGGUGGGAGGACUGCAAUGAGGUUGUGGGGCUUGGUUGUUUGCCAUCAUACUUCUGCUCGCUGCAUUCCAUUCCCGCUCCGCUAUGCUUGUGAGUUCCUAAUGCAGGCUUUUGGACUUCAAUUGAAUAUGGAGUUGCAAUUGGCAUCACAAUUGUUGGAGAAGCAUGUUUUAAGGACUCAAACCCUCUUGUGUGAUAUGCUUCUUCGUGACUCACCCACUGGAAUUGUUACUCAAAGCCCUAGUAUUAUGGACCUUGUGAAGUGUGAUGGUGCUGCCCUCUACUAUCAAGGGAAGUACUACCCACUAGGUGUGACUCCGACUGAGGCCCAGAUCAAGGACAUAGUGGAGUGGUUGUUGGCUUUCCAUGGAGAUUCCACAGGUUUAAGCACAGACAGUUUGGCUGAUGCUGGGUACCCUGGAGCAGCCUUGCUUGGAGAUGCAGUUUGUGGGAUGGCUGUUGCUUUUAUCACUAAAAGGGAUUUUCUAUUCUGGUUUCGUUCCCACACUGCAAAAGAGAUCAAAUGGGGUGGUGCAAAGCAUCACCCUCAGGAUAAGGAUGAUGGGCAGAGGAUGCAUCCACGUUCAUCAUUCAAGGCAUUUUUGGAAGUGGUAAAAAGCCGCAGCUUGCCAUGGGAUAAUGCAGAAAUGGACGCAAUCCACUCUUUGCAGCUAAUUCUGCGAGACUCAUUCAAAGAUGAUGAGGCAAACAAUUCUAAAGCUGUUAUACAUGCCCAGCUUGGGGAUCUAGAGUUGCAAGGGAUAGAUGAGCUUAGCUCAGUGGCAAGAGAAAUGGUCAGGUUAAUAGAGACUGCAACUGCCCCUAUAUUUGCUGUAGAUGUUGAUGGCUGUAUAAAUGGGUGGAAUGCAAAGGUUGCAGAGUUGACAGGGCUCUCAGUUGAAGAAGCUAUGGGGAAGUCUUUGGCUCAUGAUCUUGUUUAUAAAGAAUCUAAAGAAGCAGUAGAGAAGCUUCUUUCUUUCGCUUUAAGAGGUGAAGAAGAAAAGAAUGUAGAGAUAAAAAUGAGGACAUUUGGCCCUGAGCAUCAGAAGAAGGCUGUAUUUGUGGUGGUCAAUGCUUGCUCCAGCAAGGAUUACACAAAUAACAUAGUUGGAGUUUGUUUUGUUGGUCAGGAUGUUACUGGUCAAAAAAUGGUGAUGGACAAGUUCAUCAACAUUCAAGGUGAUUACAAGGCUAUUGUUCACAGUCCCAAUCCUUUGAUCCCUCCCAUAUUUGCUUCAGAUGAUAACACAUGUUGCUCAGAGUGGAACACUGCCAUGGAAAAACUCACUGGGUGGGCCCGAGGGGAUAUAAUUGGAAAAAUGUUGGUUGGAGAGAUUUUUGGCAGUUGCUGUCGACUAAAGGGUUCCGAUGCUUUGACAAAAUUCAUGAUUGUCUUGCAUAAUGCAAUUGGAGGGCAGGACACAGACAAGUUUCCAUUUUCCUUCUUUGAUCGAAAGGGGAAAUAUGUACAAGCUCUCUUGACAGCAAACAAGAGGGCAAAUAUGGAUGGCCAGAUUAUUGGAGCCUUCUGUUUCUUGCAGAUAGCUAGUCCUGAAUUGCAGCAAGCCCUUAAAGUUCAGCGGCAACAAGAGAAGAAAUGCUUUGCAAGAAUGAAAGAGUUAGCUUACAUUUGCCAGGAAAUAAAGAAUCCUUUAAGUGGUAUUCGCUUUACAAACUCUCUUCUCGAGGCUACAGAAUUGACGGAAGAUCAAAAGCAGUUUCUUGAGACGAGUGCUGCUUGUGAGAAGCAGAUGUUGAAGAUUAUAAAGGACGUUGAUGUGGAGAGAAUUGAAGAUGGAAUCAGUUCAUUGGAACUUGAGAAGGAGGAAUUUUUACUCGGGAGUGUCAUAAAUGUUGUUGUUAGCCAAGUAAUGAUAUUGCUGAGGGAAAGAAAUUUACAAUUGAUUAGGGAUAUUCCGGAAGAAAUCAAAUCAUUGGCUGUUUAUGGUGAUCAAGUGAGGAUACAGCAGGUCCUUGCUGAUUUCUUGCUAAAUAUGGUGCGUUAUGCACCAUCUCCAGAAGGUUGGGUUGAGAUUCACGUUCAUCCAAGCUUGAAGAAAACUUCUGAUGGAUUGACUCUUGUACAUACAGAAUUCAGGAUGGUAUGCCCUGGCGAAGGUCUUCCUCCUGAAUUGGUUCAGGACAUGUUCCAUGGCAGUCGAUGGAUGACUCAGGAAGGCCUUGGGCUGAGCAUGUGCAGGAAGAUUUUGAAGCACAUGAAUGGUGAGGUCCAAUAUAUCAGAGAGUCUGAAAGAUGCUAUUUCUUGGUUAUUCUUGAACUUCCCAUGCCUCAGAGAGGCUCAAAAAGUGUCGAGUAGGUCGUCAGCUUUGCAGAGGCCCAAACUUGAAAGCUUUCUCAGUUCUAACCCGAGAUACUUCAGGCAUACACCCUUUGGACGGUUUGCUUUGCACAACCCAGAUCCAGUAAUUACACUUGAACCGGAGGCACUUGACUCAGCUGAUUCAAUAAGAUUAAGAGCAUGUCCUUCUACCCGUUUGGAAUGUUAUUCUCUUUGCUUUUGGGCAAGAAUAGUUCCCCAAACACCUACCUAUUUAUAAGGAAGCUAAUUAAUUUCUAGCUUGAUGUAGUCUUAAGAUCAUACUAAUGUAGUUAUGUACCGACCUUCUUGCAUGGUAUGCCACGAUACGUAUUCAUCGAAA